UGCAGACGAGAACUGUGCCUUUCUUUCCCUCCAUCUCUCUGCACUUCUUCUUCGUCUUCACAGAUUCUUCAUCAAAACCCUAAAUCAUUCAUUUGGAUUUCUUCAAUCUUCCUCCAAUUUCACCUUGUUCUUCUUCCUUUUCUUCAGAUUUCGUUAAUUCUAAUUCAACAAUGGAGUUUUGGAUUCAGAAACCAUUCCAUUUUCUGCAAUCACUCAUACCACUACUUGUCUUCUUCCUUUUCCAGUUAACAAAACCUUGUUCUUCAUACGAUACGCCAUUAAAUUGCACCGAGACAUCUCGUCUCUGUACUUCAUUCUUAGCUUUUACUCCAUCCCCUAACCAAACCCUAGCUGUGAUCAUGAGCAUGUUCGACGUGUUGCCUCAAGAUGUUACGGUGGAAGGUAAUGGUAGGGAUUAUGUUUUUGUUAGGAAGAAUUGUUCGUGUGCUGCUUCUCCUGUUAGCAAGUACUUGACGAGUACGACUUAUACCGUGAGGGAAAAUGGGGGAUCUCUGUACAGUAUGGUGGUGGAUGCUUACGGCGGAUUGGGUUAUUUAUCGAAUUUCUCGCGGCCGGCGCGUGUUGGGUCGGUGGUGUCGUUGCAGUUGUUUUGUGGAUGUUCGAAUGGGCUGUGGAAUUAUUUGUUGAGUUAUGUGAUGAAGGAAGGGGAUAGUAUCGGAUUGUUGGCGAGUAGAUUUGGUGUUAGCAUGGAUAGUAUUGAGACUGUUAAUGGAAUCAAUAAUUCAGAUAACGUCACCAUUGGUGCACUUUAUUACAUACCUUUAAAUUCUGUUCCAGGUGAGCCGUAUCCAGUGAAGAAUGACACUCCCCUUGCUCCUGCUCCUGCUCCAGCACCGCUGUUUGUUGCUGAUGUGGCAGUAAAUCAGAGCAAUCAUAAGUCUCAUGUACCAUUACGAUGGAUCAUAGCGAGUUUGGGGGUUGGUUUGACACUAAUCAUAGCAGUCAUAGGUUUUUUUGUUUACUCGAGAUCAUCAAUUUGUUAUGAUGAUGUCGAAGGGAGUCGUACAAAGGAUCCAAAAGAUGGAAAAGUUCCUCAUAAGUUUCAUAUUUUACGGACUACAAGCUUUUGUUGUGGUUCACGGAGAUUCUGCUGUAAAUCUGAUGAUUGGAGAGAAACAACAGGGGAAUCUAGUGACCGUCAUAUGAACAUUCCAAAAGUUAUUGGGACUGAUGUGUUUGACAUAGAGAAGCCUGUUGUCUUCCAAUAUGAAGAAAUUUUUUCUGCUACAGAUUGUUUCUCUGAAUCCAACCUUCUUGGUCAUGGAAUGUAUGGUGCUGUGUACUAUGGUCUACUUCGUGACCAGGAAGUUGCUAUCAAAAGAAUGACAGAAACAAAAACUAAGGAGUUCAUAGCAGAGAUGAAAGUUCUGUGCAAGGUUCAUCAUACGAAUUUGGUAGAACUGAUUGGUUAUGCUGCUACCGAUGAUGAGCUCUUCCUCAUUUAUGAAUAUGCUCAGAAAGGUUCACUUAAAAGUCACUUGCAUGAUCCUCAAAACAAGGGUCAUACAACACUUUCUUGGAUCAUGAGGGUUCAAAUCGCACUUGACACUGCAAGGGGGAUGGAAUACAUACAUGAACAUACUAAACCUCAUUAUGUACAUCGUGAUAUCAAAACAAGCAACAUCUUACUUGAUGGUGCUUUUAAAGCCAAGGUACUUUAUCUAGCUUCCAUCAUUGCUCAACAAUUGAAACCUUUAUGUUACAUUUUCAUACAUCUGAUUGCUUUUUGGCUUAAACAGAUUUCAGACUUUGGGUUGGCAAAACUUGUUGGAAGAACUAAUGAUGAUGAAGCUUCAGUGACAAGAGUGGUUGGAACCUAUGGUUAUUUGGCUCCAGAAUACCUCAGGGAUGGUCUGGCCACAGCUAAGAGUGAUGUAUAUGCCUUUGGCGUUGUUCUUUUUGAGAUAAUAUCCGGAAAGGAUGCCAUUGUACGAACUGAAGCUGUUGUGACAAAAAAUUCUGAGAGACGGUCGUUGGCAUCCGUUAUGUUGGCAGCUCUUAAGAAUGCACCUGAAUCUAUCAGUUCAUCGAGCUUGAGAGAUCAUGUUGAUCCAAAUUUGAUGGACUUAUUUCCCCAUGACUGCGUUUUUAAGAUGGCUAUGCUGGGAAAACAAUGUGUGGAGGAUGAUCCGGUCUUACGACCAGACAUGAAGCAAGUCGUCAUCUCCCUUUCACAUAUUCUUUUAUCAUCUGUGGAGUGGGAAGCGACUCUCGCCGGGAAUAGCCAGGUAUUCAGUGGUCUUGUUCAAGGUAGAUAAUCUUUUUUUGUCCUUCCAAAUCUUCAUUUAUUAGUUACUACUUGAAGAGGAUCCCUUCAGUUUUUGCUUUCUUCCUGCCCAUGUUUACUUUCUUCCUGUGUGUAUAGUAUGGUUGUAUAGAUUGUUCACUCUAGGCUUUUUAUACAUUAUUUAUUUAAUGAGUAUUUGAUAAA